AUGCAUCCCCCCCCUCAGUUCCUUCGAUUGGCUCCGUCCCUAACACCUCUUUUUCUAUGUAAUCUAUCCUUAGCCCCUCUUAUCACAAUCGCAACUAUCUUUAUCCCGUGUAAAACCUCUAUUGUGGACUUGUCUUGAUAAAACACUCAGCUCGCACCCCAGUAGUGUGGCAGCCCCAUGGCAGCGCCUCGCCUUCAGGCCGUCCACGUGACGCGGCUCGCUUAAUCCACGCGCCCUUGGCGGCCGAGCCGCGCGCGAUGGACGGUCCGGUCGCCCGAGCGUGGCGGCGACGGCGAUUCCGUCGCCGCGUUGAACGGGCCUCAUCGCCGCAUCGAGCGGCUUCAGCGUGUAGAAGGGGAUCCGACGCCCUUCCGCACGCGCCCAGCGUGGGGGCGACGUGUGAAAGGGGAUUCGCAGAUCGAGCGAGGUCGAGCGAGGUCGAGCGAGGUGGAGCGAGGUCGUGUUUGAUCCGACAAGUACGCAGCUGUGCGCGGGCCCGCUUUCAAGAGGCCUCUCCUGUCGAGAGAUUUCAGCAAGGAUUUAAACGGCCGUGCGAGAUUAAACUCCGUGCGCCUCCUAGUAAGGAAGAAUAGUUUUUAUUAGAAUCGUGCUUUCGGACGCAGCGUUAGCACCGUCGCAGGCGUCGCAGGAUGGAGUGUGUCGCCUUGAGCGGGCGAGGGGUGGGUCAGCGAGUCGUGAGCGUGCGAUUCAUGCGACGGAUGAUGCUCGUCGCCGUGGCUGCGACCACCGUGCUGCUCCACUCUGCCGCGCUGGCGAGUGCCGAGCCCACCUCUCCUGCUCCCAGCCCCUCGCCGCUUCCGCCGCCCGUGUCGUCGCGCGUCCCUUCGUCCCUUCCUUCCGCUGACUCCACCCCUCGCAACAACUGCACUUGUCCCCCCCCUCCCAAGCUCACCCCGUGCUCCCACAACCAUACAGUCACCACCGUUUCAAGCACACCCGCUCGUCACCACGCGUCCCACAGACGCCAUGUCAAGCGCGAAGACACGUCACCCCCCGAUAAUAGCACAAUUUCCAGCCUUGGCAGCUCGCCCACCUCUUCACCUGCCAACUGCAGCAGCAGCAGCGCCGGUCAAAACCCUAACAGCAGCAGCAGCAGCAGCGGCAACAGCAGCAAGUGUGGCAGCGGCGUGCAGCAUGUUUCUGAGACGUCAGCAAAGGGGGAUCCGCACCUGGUGGGGCGGCACGGAGAGAAGUUUGAAUUCCACGGCCAGGAUGGCGCGAGCUACUGCCUCGUGACGGAUCGGACGGUCCAGAUCAACAUGCACCUGUUUGCUGGCGCCAAGAAGGGAAGCACGUACAUUGAUGAGAUUGGGGUGGUAACCCGUUCAGGCAUCCGCAUCGUCGUCUCUGCACAGUCAGCAGCUGACGUGUCACCUCAGGGAGUGCAGGGCCAGCUGGAGGUGAACAGUGCAUCGCUGCCAGACGACAUCCUGACCAUCGAUCUGCUCCGGCAUACGGUUAGGAUCGAUCGGCGCAAGACGAGUGUGCGGGUGCGCGUGCGAGGGGUGGUGGAUCUGACGGUUGACAUUCUUCCGGACUUCUCACGCCAGUCCCGUCCCAACUAUCUGAACAUUCGCAUCCGCAGCCUGCAUGCAUCGCGCAAGGUGCACGGCAUCAUAGGGCAGACGUACCAGGACUCCGCUGUGCGACUGGACAGAUUCAAUGAAUCUCAAAGCAAGAACGGCCCGGCCAAGGAGCGGGCCAUCAUAGAUGGGAACGAGGAUGACUACAGGACAUCAGGUGUUCUGAAAGCUGAUUGCAAGUUCCAGCAGUUUGGGAAGAAACCUGCCAGUCACAGCCAUUAAGCGUACCGGUAGGUAGUGCUUGAAACCAUAGCUGGGUCUUGUUAUCGCUCUGUUGCUCCGCUGUGAGUGGAGCUGCUAGUAAGUAAUCCUUAGGAGGAAUCAUAUCCACAUCUAGUGUAGUACAAUCUAGCUGCUGCCAUUUUGAACGGUACUGUAGAUAGAGGUGUGCAACAGGACAGCCUCAUGUCUUCUUGUCCUUCUCUGCCUCCUAGAUGGUAGGCUGUUGUCUGGAGUACACUCAAUCACAUGUCACAAAU